AUGGGUAGCGUUGUCAGAUCGGAGCGCGUAGGUCUCUUUCAAAACAUACGAGUGUACUGGCUGGCAUUUAUUGCAUAUUGGGGCAUCCUCCUGUUCGGAUAUGAUACGUGGGGAUUCAGUGGUGGAGUCGUAGGGAACCUCUACUUUGAAGAAACCUUUGGGAUAGCCAAUUCAACUGGAACCAUCAAUACCAAGAAGAGUGAUGAUGUGUCUUCCAAUGUCGUUUCAGUCCUUCAAGCUGGCGCAUUCUUCGGAGCUCUGGUUAGCGCUCCGGUUUCCGGUACGUUUGGGCGGAAAUGGCCUUUGUUCAUCUACACCCUGAUCUUUGCCAUCGGCGCUAUCCUCACCAUUGUUCCUUCCGGUAGCAAUCCUGAGCGCGGUUUGGGUGAGAUCUAUGCGGGUCGGGUCAUCUCCGGUUUUGGAAUUGGCGCAAUCACGGCAGUGUCUCCUGCUUUCGUAUCUGAAUGCUCUCCGAAGGAGGUUCGUGGUCGAAUUACUGGAUUGUUUCAAGUAAUGGUUGCAUCUGGGAUUAUGAUUUCAUAUUUUAUCAACCUUGGUGUUGGCUUACAUGUGAAAAACAAUCCCAAAAUCUGGCGGAUCCCUUUUGGCCUGCAACUUGUCCCUGCUGGAAUGAUGGCGCUUGGUCUCCUAACAAUCAAGGCAGAUAUCCCAUGUAGUCUCUCUAUCGAAUCCCCCCGCUACCUUGCCUCUAUUGGCCGCAACGAAGAAGCUAUCGACAAUCUCGCCUACCUUCGCCGGUCUCCAGCGGAUUCGGAAUCUGUUGCACUUGAGAUGGCUGAGAUUCAAGCCGCCAUUCAGGAAGAACGCCUAGCCCGAGUAUCUCUUGGAUGGAGGGAAGCAUUUUUCGGAAAGGGGAACGCCAUACGUUUCCUUAUUGCGUUCAUGAUAUUUCUGCUGCAGCAGUGGAGUGGUCAGAAUAGCGUAACUUAUUAUGCACCACAGAUAUUUGCUUCAAUCGGAUACACCGGGACGAAGAACUCUCUCCUUGCCUCUGGAAUUCUAGGCGCGGAAUUCUCGUCGUUUCGAAUUCUUGACAUGCUUCUCACUUAUCUUUCUUUAGGCGUAGUAAAAGUCGUGACCGUUUCCACCUUCGUUGCCUUCGGUGUUGAGAGGUUCGGUCGAAAGCGUUUUCUGUUCAUCUCGUCUAUGGGAAUGGGCAUUCUCUUCUUCAUAAUUGGUGCUCUUCUCAAAACUCACCCUCCACCUGCAGCUAGCGCCAACGAUGCUCCUUCUUCACCUUCACGAGCGAGCCAGGCCAUGGCUGCAAUGCUGUAUCUUGAAGGAGUGUGCUAUGUCAUCGGGUGGGGUCCUCUUCCUUGGAUAUACGUCUCCGAAAUUUUCCCUACGAGGACCAGACACUACGGACUUGCCUUGGCUAGUGCCUCUCAAUGGCUUUGGAAUUUUGUGAUAUCCAAGCAAACACCUAUAAUGAAGACCGAGCUAGGUUACAAGCUAUUCCUAAUGUUCGCAAGCGUGAACAUAGGUGCAUUAGCGGUGUUCUCCCUCCUUAUUCCUGAAACCAAAGGGAAGUCUCUUGAAGAAAUGGAUAUGUGA